AUGGCGCUCCGACGACCACAUCGGAAAUCUCGCCACGGCUGCAAAGAAUGUAAAAGAAGACGAGUGAAGUGCGACGAAGCCCGGCCAUUCUGCACCAACUGUGCCAACCGCCAUUCUGAAUGCGAGUACGGGUCGUCAACCUCUCUAUUGUGGACAAACGAAGGGUCCGACAGCGGACAGGCAGGCGAACCAGCAUCGGGACUUCGUUCGCCCUCAAGUUCAACCGCAGGAACGGGGACAGCAGACUCCCUUGGAAUCCUGAGCCAACUGGGCAGCCAAAAUGCCGCAACCUCAGCUGGGCCUGCACUGAACCUCAACGACCUGGAGCUGAUGAUGCAGUGGUGCAAUACAACGUUCCAGACACUGUCACGCAACGAGCGCACUGAUCCAAUCUGGCGGCCGGAGCCGACCCGUCGAGCGUCGUAUCUCAAUCGCGCCGUCGCGCACCAGAAUCAAGCGCUGGCGCUGUUCCGGGAGCUGCUGGGUGACGUGAAUGAGAGUAAUGCCAAGGCGAUGUUUGCUUUUGCGGGUAUUGUGGUUAUCUACACGUUUGCAUUCCCGCAUACGCCGGACGCGCAGGAUCCGUGGUCCUGUGUCGACGAUUUGUACCAGGUUCUGAUUUUGACACGUGGCGUGCAACAGGUUAUUCGUGCGCCACGGGACUGGAAUUUUCUAGUGAACACUCCUUUCGGUCCGAUUUUGCAGGUUGAGGAGGUUCAGGGCCCGAUUCCUGACGACGCGAGUGCUAUGCUCAAACAACUGCGCGAGGCGAACGAAGAGUGCGGGGCGCGGGAUCCGAACCAUGCGCUGCAGGUUUACGAAGGGUCCAUUUCCAAUCUGGAGGAAAUGCUCAGUUGGUGCUACAGCGGGAUGAGGUCGACUACGAUUGUCGGGAGAUGGGCGAUCCGCUUGCAUCCUCGGUUUAUGGAGUUGCUGCUUGAACGAGAUCCCUUUGCACUGGUUUUGUUGGCGCAGUAUGGCGUGCUUUUGCACUAUUCGAAGGAUCGCUGGUGCUUUGGCGAGUGGUGUGUCAGGGUCUCCAAGGCCGUGUGGGCAAUUUUGGACGACCAGUGGAGGCCGCUGAUCGAGUGGGCAAUGAAAGAGAUUCUCGGCGUUAACUUUCUGGAACAGGUUAACUCUUGA